AUGCCUCUGGCCUUGGCCCUAGCGCUUCUGUGCUGCCUGGGCUCCGGGGGCUGGAGCUGCCUGCACUGCGACCAGUCGGUGCUGCAUGCGCUCAGACAGCUGCGCGAGGCCACCGUCCCCAAGCGCUUCCACCUGGAAGGGCUGCAGGCGCGCGCACAGGCGCUGCUGCUGGGCAUGGAGGGGCCUUUCUUCAGGGACUACGCCGUGAACGCGUUCGUGGGGAAAGUGGAGGAGGACCAACUGGAGGACGUGGCGACCUCCUUCAAGAACCAGACUCGGUACAUCAGGACUAGCUCUCUGACAGACGGUCCUCUGCUGGAAGAGCUGGUGAACCUCAGGGAGCAUGGCAUCAAAACACUGAAGAAAGCGUUAAAAGCUUAUGAAGUAAAAGCCUGUGACCACAAAAUUUGUCGCUUUCUCAAAGAGGAGGUCCUGGACUGUUUACAUUGCAAGAAAAUCACCCCCAAAUGCAUCAAAGAGAAGUACUGCUAUGUGGACGGGCAGCCCCGCAUGACUCUCAAGUUCCAGUCUGACAGCAACCUGAGGAACAUGGUGUUGGUGGGCGACUUGGUGGCCGUGGGACUGGCUAUCCUAGUCUUCUUGGUCAUCCUGAUCGCGGCUUGUACAUAUAGACGAAACAGAAAACUCCUGCUGAAGUAG